UUUGGUUUAGGUUUACUUUUAUAAUAAAAACUUUUAUUUAGUUUAUUUGUCGUAAGGAAUUCGUGUGAUUUUAAAAUUUAUUAAAUUCGUAAUAAUGCCUAAAGUUGUGUCCAGAAGUGUCGUCUGUACGGACGUUAAGGACCAGGAGGAGUACCAGGGAGAGAAACCUUUGAAUGUUUAUUACUGCAUAUGCGGACAAAUGUCACUAAUUUUAGACUGUCCAAUCGAGAAAUUGCCGUUAAGAAAGUACGACGGAGCCAGAGUCAUUGACUCAUCAAAGCACGCUCACAAGGUCACCUGCGAUGUCGACGAUGUUGUUCAUCUAAGAAGGGAGACAGGAAUAGAAAAGCAGUUUCGAUUCAAAUGUAAAAAGUGCAGUUUGUGGCUCUUCUACAGGCACAAGGACAACAACCAGAUAACGUUCAUAGUGGAGAACUCUCUAGUGACACAAAAUGACGGCCCGUUGAAACCUGAUGUCUACAGCAGAAUCGCUCAGCCUAAAAAGGUCAUGGUCACGAAGCACACGAAGAACAUGGGCAAGUUCAGUUCUGUCACUGUCUCAACUGUGGAUGAAGAGGAGGACGAGAUUGAAGCGAAAGAAAUAGCAGAUUCCUACGCUGCCAACGCCAGAGUCAUUGAAAAGCAAUUACUUAGGAAGGGCGUCAACAAGAGGAAACUUCUAGAACAGCCCGAUGAUGAUGCGAAAAAAGCCCGACCGAAAGGAACCCUCAUCGACAUGAUGAAUAAAUAAUUUGAACAUUGUCGAACCAAACGUGUUGUACAUUAUAUAUAAUGUACAAUGUUGGAAUGUUUUGCUGGUUUGUCUGCACUGUAACGUACAACUGUUUUAUAAUUGUCGCAUCAAUUUAAUACUAGUUCAUCAUUUUACAAACAUAAAUAUUAAAUGUGAAGUUACGGUCUUCACACUUUUAACAAAUUUGAAGUGUUAAUUUUUUUUUAAAGAGUACAUUUACAUUUGUUAAUAUAUUUGAUGUGUGUUUAAAUCAGUGUGUUGGAGUCGUGAAAAAUUUCCAACUCUUGCAUCAUAAUUUCACCUUAUUAUCGCUACUAAAUAAAAAAUUCUUUAAAAAACACUUAAAA